CUGUCUCACUUUACCCACUGUUUUGUUUUCGUUUGGGGCUCAAGAGGAAGUGAAUUCAACAAAUUGUGUGGUUGGUGGGUUUCAAAUCACACACACAUAUAGAUAAAUGACUGGAUUUUAACUUUAUAGCAUCUCAACACGUGUCAUUAGCCGUUUGCUUGUUUCAGAGCAGACUCUGUAGCUGACGUUAGAUGACCUCUCCAGCGGUGAUACACACGUUUAGACAGAUUUAGCUAACGUCACGGAAGCAGGAUAUUAAACGCAGCACGAGCCGGUAGCGGGAAACACUGAUGUUGAUUAAAAAGAGAGGCCAUAGGUGUGUGAUAGCUUCCAGCAUGGCCUCAUUAGUCUUGCUCAUGAUAGUGCUGUACGGAACCAUCGGCACCCAGCAGCAGCAGCAAGGCAGCUUCAGCCUCUCACGUGACUACCAGCUGCUGGGGAGACCCCUGUACAAACUGGACCUGAGCUGGCCGCGGAACCCAGAGCUCUUCAUCGGGGAGGUGUUUGGAGUGGCUCUCGACCAGUUCGCUGGUGUGGUGUAUGUGGCCCAGAGAGGAGACAAUGUGCCCAAGGUGCUGUUGUUCACCACAGAAGGAGAUUUCCUCAUGCCGUGGAACACAACCACACUAGAGAUGCCUCAUGGGAUAUUUUUAGCAGAUGCAGCCUCAUCAAACCCAACUGUGUGGAUCACUGACGUGGGGAAUGGCCCGUACGGCCACUGCAUCAAACAGUACUCGCCAUCUGGGAAGCUCCUUCAGGUGCUUGGUACACCAGGGAAGGCGGGCUCUGGGUUGAACCCUUUGCAGUUCGACCAACCAGCUGAGAUCUUCGUCCACAGCUCUGGGGAAAUGUACAUCGUGGACGGUGAUGGUGGAAUGAACAACCGCCUCAUCAAGCUGUCUAAAGAGCAGGAAGUGCUGUGGAUGCACGGAGAGAAAGGACAGGGCCUGGCUCAGUUCUACAUCCCCCACAGCGUGACUGUUGACAAUGCCCAAAGGGUGUGGGUGGCCGACAGGGGCAACAAGAGGAUCCAGGUCUUUAACUCCAUCACUGGGGAAUGGCUAGGCACAUGGGGGAGCUGCUUCACAGAGGACGCCCCCUACUCAGUACGCCUGACCCCCGACAAGAAGUACUUUGUUGUUGUCCAGCUCAACACCAAUCAGAUUUCGCUACUGGAUGCACCACCUGUGGGUUUAAUUGGCCAGUGCAGAGUGGUGAGUGUGAUCCAGUUGGCUGAUGAUGUGAAGCCCCACCUGGUAGACCUUGACCUAAAGACUGGGGCCCUGUAUGUGGCUGAGAUUGGAGCCCAGCAGGCUCAGAAAUUCACCCCCUUCAGUCUGCGUGGCGGUUUCCUGUAGAGCCACACUGGGCUUUAGGGAAGAAUGGAACUGGAAUGAUUAAUCAAUGAUCCAAUCAUACGCAUAACCAAUUACUUACUAGGUAUCUAAGGUUAAGACAUUUAUGUUUUUUUUUUUAUAAUACUAGUUUGCCCAGCCCCAGAAGAUGCUUCAAAACUUCAUGGAUGUUUAGACAGUGCAGAAGGUCACUGCCAUUUGUCCCCAUAUGCCCCCCGCACACCCGGACUACCAUGGGUUUUGUUUUACUUGGGUGGUGUGCACAUGUAGAACGCGUGAAUAACGAGUGAGUAACAAUAGGUUAUAAAAAUCUAUCUAACUUAAUGUUAGUAAAUUACAUCUUCCUUUCUCUCUCUUUGCUCUUUUUUCUCUCUCUCUCCCUCUCCCUUCCCGUAUCCCUCAUUUCAAAUUAAAAGCCCUUUGCAGAGUUAUGUAACUGCAACUUCAUGACAUUGCUGUGGUGGCAAUACUUUGUUGGGCUGUUAAAUCAACAUAAUAAUAAUAUAAUCCUGAAUACAUCUUCAAAACAUCCACAACAAGUAACAAUAUAUUUCUUUAGUUUUCUUACAAUGUCUGCUUGUGGUCAAGAGAGCAUGAUUAUUAGGGAAAGCUGGUGGUCUUGUUUUAACACUAAAAAAAGUCAACAGUGACUUGGAGCAUGAGAAAGGAUGUUUUUUUUCCAUUCUGAUUAAUAAUAAAAUAACCUUCAUCUUUCCACAGUGUUGUAAAAGCUAAUCCCAACCUCACACACAAAAAACAGAGCACCCCCUGAUUUCACACUGCGGCGCUGUGUUAGGAUUAAUAACAAAAAUAUAAUAAAAAUAAAUGAGCAAGACUUUUGGCAAGACUAUUUAGUUUAUAAAUGUCAUUUUUGUCCUCUGACUGAGUGUGUGCUAUGGGAUAAAGUUAAUAUUCGUUAUUCAAUUCAAGUUAAUAUUCGGUAUUGAAUUCAAUGUAUCAGUGACUCAAGAAAAUGUCACUGGACAAGUAUUUAUUGUUAAAUUCAAAUUUCAUCCAUUAGUUUUAGGAAAAUACUUGUGUAAAAUUUGAAACAAAAACCACUUCUCAUUUUAACAUAAUUAUAUGCAGGUAAAUAAAACUUAUAUAGUUUGUUGUUCCUAAAAACCAAUAGUGAUCAAUAAUUGCUAAUUUAAUAUGAACAUAUUGAUGCUGCGCUUUUCAUUGUUUCCUGCUGUUUUUGUGAAGCUAUGUGCCACUUUUUCUUGCCUUUGCGCUGCUGGAGAGGACCAGAGCUCUGAAGCACAGCUGAUUCCUUUCUUCACUGCAGACACUUUAAACCCUUUGUGUUGGCUCAGCCUUUAAACGGGUCCUGUGCGGUUUUUCUUGUAAACAAACAAAAGUAAGUUUAACAUUCUUUUUUUUUUUUUUUUACCAAAAUGCAUUUAGUAUAUCCCUGAGAUCUAAACAAAGAUUUAGUAUUUUGAAUCCUGCGUUGUUUACAUCCACGUUUAUUAUUAGCAGUCGUCUUCUUGCAGGUACCUUUCUCAUUGCUUUACCGCCACCUGUUGAUCAGUGGAAUAGUGCGACACGAUAGGAUGUGUCACCUGUGCGCACGCACGUGUAUAUCCUCGUUGUGUGUGGACGAGAUCAGCGAAACUCAGAAAAACAGAUCCAUAAUGGUACUGGAGGUGUAAAACUCCACAGGGAACCCUCGAGCCAGAUGAUGACUGUUUUCAAAGACUUUUUCUAUGAUAACACGUGUAUAUAUGUGAAAAAGGCUGGAACUGAAUUGUUUUGCACAUGAUUUAGUCUGAGUUGUCUCUAAAUAUCAUUGAACUUGAGAGCACUUCACGAUGCGGCGAAUAAAUAUAGUGUUCUUUCUUAAAAAGGAUUUUGCCAUUGUAUUUGUGUAGAUUCCUCUCAGUAAUCUUGAUGACUGUCUUGCUUUAUGUUUCCUGUGUUCUGAGAAGUGUAUUGUGAUAGUCGAGCUGGUUUGUGAGUGACUGUGUGUGAUUCGUCUGGAGGUUCAGUGAGGUAGGAGGUGAUAUAUGUGUGUGGUCACAGUUCAGCACUAACAGAAAACUUAACGCUGCUAUGUUAAACUCACUGACUUUUGCUUUCAGACUCUGGUUUUCUAAAUCUAAAGUAAAUAUCAACAAAGUUAAUGUUUCCAAUGAAGUAAAACAGUUCCCAUGUUAAAGGGGCACUCCACCAAUUUCACACAUCAAUUUAGUUCAGGAGCUUUUUCAAAUAAAGAAAAUAGCUUGGAAAGAAUCUUAGCUCUUUUCCUUGAAGGCUACAAGUGUAUAGCAAAGUCUGUGUUACUAACAGGAAGCAUGGAUGUUGAAAAGAUGAUGGAAAUCGCCAAGCAGGGAUGGUCUAACAGAAAGAUACUAUUGCACAAUGGGGAUUGUAGGAUAGGAGUGUUUUUUGGAUGAGGAUACUUUGGCUGUUUCAGUUACGUCCUUUUAGUUUCCUGUGAGUCCCACAGUUUUGUGCAAUACUAAAUCACUGGAGUUCUCCACUAAUGAGUUAAUGAUGAAUGUGUUUAAAAGUACAUUUGUUGAGACCUCUGACCGGGAAACAUUUUCUGAUUUGAACUAUUUGAAAUUGUUAAUGUUCUUUUUGAACUUUUAUCUAUGUUAUAUUAUGUAUGUAUAUAUAUAUAUAUAUAUAUAUAUAUAUAUAUAUAUUAAUGUUUUAUUAAGUCAGUGGAUCUGGACAUUGGUUUUUUUCUGCUAAAAUGUGCUUGAAGCAUUUUGUAGUUUCAACGUGUCGUUACAUAAUGUAACUGAUGCUUUUACAACCACUUCCUUACAGUUCCAACACAUGAGCUGAGAAAAUUCUUUAUUUACUACUUAAUUAUCUUAAAAGAGCAGCCUUCAUUUACUUGUAAUGCAUUGCAAUGCAAUGCAAAUUUUUAUGUCCUGAUAUACUUUUAAAACCAGUGUUCUAUAUUAUGCUGACAGUGUUGUAUGUAAAACAGCCAGAAUGUUUGAUUUAAAGUUAAUAUAUAAAACUUUUCUGCAUUAAAAAGUCUAUAAAUAACUA